GUUGCCCUUUCCCCCCGGGGUUCAAUUAAUCGGGUCGGAACUCCGUUAUAAGAUCAAACGGUCCCAACCCAUUUUCAAUCAUCUUCCAUCCAUCUUCUUCAUUCAUCAGUUCUACCGCCAAGUUUCCGUGCCCGGAUCGGAGGAAAGAUCAGACAGCUAGCUAGAUACUCUAUAGAGUGUGUAAUUAUAUGGAUAAGGGGCCAGAUCCGACUCGCCGCCGGCAACCUCACGGCUUCUACGGAGGCUGCGUGUCGCCUUCCUUCGCCGUGCCCGCGCAAGAAGUAUACUCCCGGAUAAACGGCGGCGGGUGCCGGAAACAGUCUCCGUCGUCGUGGCGGAGGAUUAUUAGGAAACUAGUGAAUGACGGGAAGGGGCUGUGCAGAUCCAAGCCGGCGUCGUCGUCGUUUCAUUACGAUGCCGCGAGUUACUCUAAGAACUUCGACGACGGGCGCCGCAGCGACGACGAGUUCCCUCGGAGACACCAGUUUUGCCGCCGGGACGUCAGAAUUAUUAGCGAAAAAUGUAGGGAUCGGAGUAUGUAAUUAAUUAGCUACAUAAUUAUGUAGCCAGUUACUGCGGUAGAUUAAUUAACGAGGAAAUUAAGUGCCUAAUAACGUCAAAACACAAGGACUUUUCUUUUAUAUUGUUCUUAUUUCCUAAUGUAGCAUCCAUUACUGGAUAUUAUUUCUCUUUUUGGAAAUUAUUAAGUGCUAUUUAAAGAAUAAAAAAGUUUAAAUCCU